CCCUGAAGUUUAAUAUUGAAUCGCAUAUAUACUGAGUGGACGGAAAACACAUCGAUAAAUUAUGAGCGGGAUUGUUUUGUCUAUUUUUCUAACAGUUAUCACAGGUGUUUUUGCAGAGGAUUUUAGCUACUCCAAUUAUGAUGGUGCAAUGAUAGGAAACAGGAUCCCAUGCAUUUGCCUUGCAUGUUUGACCUGCAUAGCCAUACAGUAUUUUUGCUUUCAUCUUCCAAAUGAGAGACGGAGAAACGAUAAUCCUGAUCUGCCACCACAAUUCUCUGCGGAGGGGGUAGCCAUGACCUCUACUGGCGGUCAUAUGUUCCAGACGACCCCCACAUUUCCGAAUCAAGAAGGUGUUUUUGCAGAAUAUGUUUGGUGCACAAUUCUUGAUGGAUAUCAGUGCUGCUUCAGAAAAGUUUGUUCCUUAAGUGUAUUCUGGAAGUAUUAUAGUAAUGGCGGAAGUACCAAUGGAGGUUCAAUGAUGAAGACCGUGAUAACAUGCAUUUGCGUGAUAAGUUUGACCAGCACAGCCAUAUACUACCUUUUCUGCUACCUUUCAAGAAUGAGAAACGUGAUGUUAAUGCAAUUAAACAGAUACAGAAAUAUAUAACAAUUGUCAAUCAGCAACGUUGCGUUUUCCAGACGCACCAACGGCGUCCGUGGCACCUACACAGUCAAGUCAAGUCACCAGAUCAAGUGUUCCACUGGCCAGGCUAUAUCGUGACCCAUGGUAAGCUGGAAGGCCUUUGCUUUGAGGAGCAUCGUACGUGACCCAUUGCUGUGACGGAAACCAGAUAAUCAAUAUACGUACAUAUGUGAAUUAUCAAACACCAAUGUCAAUGACGAUUUAUUGUAUGACGUCAUUGUUUUACCAUGCUAAAUCGUAAAUGUUGAUUUAAAGUUGUUUCUUUAAUAUACGAGUCAUCGUGCUAUAUCAAAGAGUAGAGCUCGGGUUUUCUUUUCUAUUCGUUGUUUUCUUAUCAUAGACUAGAAAGUUAAUACAUUGAAAUUAGAGAGUACGCUUAUCAACAAUAAAGAUAGCUCUGUAUAGCAAUCAAAAGUAGCUUAUAUUUCCUAAUAAUCAUUAUUUGUUUGCUUUCAGAAUUUUUUUUACUUUGCUUGCUCGUUACGUUGAACCAACUGAACAUAUAUACUUGCUAUACAUCAACUGUAUGAAACCUUAAGGUGAAAAUGCGGUAAUUCCCGCUGUGUAAUAUAAUUCGAAGACAAGCAAUAUAAUAAUAAUCUAUGAUGUCUAAUGACAGAUAUAAGCAAAUAUUCUUAUCAACUAAAAUAGGCAUGCUGAGGAAAAUUGUAAUGGGGGAAAUCAACACAAAAGUUUGUUCGAUAUUUCAGAUUGGCUGUUUUUAUACGCUAUUCCAGCCAUGACACACUGAAAUGAAUAAUUAUAAAGAGUAUGUUUAGACGUAAUAUUUACAACAUAUAUUGGCAUAUAUGCAUGUUGUGUAUUCGGUAUGAUAAUAUAUUUGCAAAUUUAGAUGUUAUACCUGCCUUGGCUAAUAUUCAUGUUGCUUCAUAUUAAAAAUGUACAUUUCAAUACAAACUUACAUGGAAAAAAUGUAUAAUAUUUUUCUUCAGGACUUAGUGUUAUCAUAAGCAAAUUCUUGUUGA